GCCUGAUCCCGUGCCAGACAAAACAAUAAAUUCUCAGUCAGCUACCUGCCCUACCCCUACCUACAUAAUAAAAUCACCAUCGUGUCGGCAAGGAAAAGCAAUUUCAACAGUAAGCCAAAGCCAGUUUCUGUUUUCAUUUCUUCUUCUUCUUCUGUUUCUCUUAUUACUUUGGUGUCAUAAUGGCUAGUACUGAGUUGAAAUCUGAUAACAUGUUUGAGAUGAUGAAAGUUCACUUGGCUUCUGACGCUGGUAAAGAGCUCACCAAGAAGAUCGGCCUCGUUUACCAAAUCAAUAUUGCCCCCAAGAAAAUUGGGUUUGAUGAGGUUUCUUAUAUUGUUGAUCUCAAGAAAGGAGAGGUUACCAAAGGUAAAUAUGAAGGGGGAAAGCCUGAUGCUACCUUUUCCUUUAAGGAUGAUGAUUUUAUAAAGGUUGCAACUGGGAAGAUGAAUCCCCAGAUUGCUUUUAUGAGGGGUGCAAUGAAGAUUAAGGGGAGCUUGAGUGCAGCUCAGAAAUUCACUCCUGACAUUUUUCCAAAGCCUGCAAAGAUGUGAGCAGAGAUGCUAAUGUACUAGUGUAUUACUAGGUUCUUUUGUUGCAAAAGCUAAAGUUAGAAAAAUAUAAAAGGAAGCCAUCUGUCAACCUCUUUCAUUGAUAGCACACUUUAUCGUUGCUUUAUAUACUAGGUUACCAGAUAGGAAGGCUGGCUUCUAAUCGUUAAAGAUUUGGAUUAUAAAGCUCCACAAUCCUAUUUGUUGAUCAAUUGGAAUAUGUUUCUUUGUUUGACUAAAACUAUAUGCUUUGUUGGAUUCACAAUUGCGUCUUUGUUCAGUUCAUAUUGUGAUCAGAUGCUAAUUUGGCAUGUCAUGCUCACCUGCUGUUCCCAUAGAUCCUGUUAACUUAUUUUCA